CACGCGGAGCUGCUGUGCGCGCGCCUGCACGAACUGGGCGGUGCUGACCCCACGGCCGCGCAUAAGCUCCUAGAUACGCUGUGGACCCGCGGGCCUCAUGAGCACGUGCUAAGCGUGUUGGGCGAAGCGCUGCUGCGCGGCUUAGACCUGGAGCUCGCCGGCGCCGCGGACUGUGUGGGAGCAAAAGAGACACCGAAACUGCUGCAGUGGCUUCUAGAAAGCCCCGAGGUCUUGGUCGCUUUCUGCCGCCAGCUGCCCGCCUUGCGCCUGGCCUCCUUGGCCGGCUGUCACCCAGCGCUGUCUCGCGCCUACCUGGACCUGCUCACAGCCUGGGCCACGCAGCUGCACUAUGACCUGCAGAAGGGCUUCUGGAGCCCCACGCAGCCUGAGGACAUGCCCUGGGAGGAAUUGUGCCUCCGGCUGCACAGCCUGUGCCAGGCCUCACCACUCUUGCAGGAAGAAGUGCUGGAGAGACUGCGCGGCCGCAGAGCUCUAGAUGGAGAUUUCGAGGUUCCCGGGAUGAGCAUCUGGACGGACCUACUGCUGGCCCUGCCUGGUGGUGCUUAACACUGAGUGUGGGAACAUGUGGGACGAGAUUCUCAAGUCCCAGACCAAGCAUCUGGACAGACCCCUCUCUGGGAGCAAUGGAGGGAACAGGAAACACACUUCUCACCCAAGCCUCCGGGUUCUCUUGGGAAACACCUCAUUUUGAUACACAUUUUAAUGUGUAUCUACGAAUGCCUGCCUGGUUCAUGUUGGAAGGUGGUGUUGCUGUGCACAUGAUUUUCAGUUAACAGUCAGUGUGUCAGUUCAUUCAUCUCUCUUUACUUGUUGGUAAAGAAGGGCCUCAGGCUGCAGUUCCUUUGUUUCUCAUGAGAAUUGUCAUUUGCAGUGGGCUUUCUUCCACAGCACCUGUGUGCAGGGCAGCAUGCUGGGCUUGGUGUUUGCUGACUGAUGUCUGCCAGCUCCAUCUAUGUGAAGGAGAGCAUGUGCCCGAACUGCACUGCACUUUUGACUUGGAACAUUGCUGCGUGGAUCACUAGGACUGAUCCUCACAGCUAACAUAGCAGCAGCUUGAGUACUACUUUCUUGAAUCUACUCUGGAAAUCCACUGGAUGACACCUUUGGUGGUCUACUGAUCUCACAAAUUAGUCCUGCUUCUCCCAGGGAUCACUUUGGAGACUCAUCACCAUGUUUCUCAAUUUCUUCUCCAUCACCUUGGAAAUACAGCUUGUGAACAGUGAGUAGGUUCCAUUGUAAGAGGAGUCCCAGGCUCUAAGCCAAGCUCAUAUUUACAAAGUAUAGGAUAUUUGUAAUUGUAUAUGCCUGUACAUAUGCAAUCCUUAACAGUGUGAUAUCUACAUUCACAGUGAAAUGGUAUUUAGAGAUACUCAAUACUUUUUGUUAAGAAUCUUAAUGUUGUAUUUCACAAAAGUAUCUGAACUAUAUUCACUGGGAAUAUUAUUUAUUAAACUCUUUUUAAACUUUC